AUGGCUGCUUCAAAGCGAAUCCUAGUGAUCGCCGGCUCAGACAGCUCAGGUGGAGCUGGUCUUGAAGCUGACCAAAAGGUCAUCGCUGCACAUGGGUGCUAUGCAAUGACUGCUACUACAGCUCUUACAGCGCAAAAUACGCAGGGUGUACAAGACAUUCACCACACGCCGCCUGCAUUUCUGAAGAAGCAACUUGAUGCUGUUUGCGAUGAUGUCGGGGUCGACGUCGUCAAGACAGGCAUGCUUGCGUCGGCAGAAACUAUCGAGAUUGUUGCAGAUGCGUUCCGCCGCUACAAUGUUACCACGAGUGUCGUUGAUCCCGUUAUGGUAUCAACAUCGGGCGCUCAUCUGCUUCCCGAAUCAGCCAUCUCAACAUUGAUCGACAAGUUAUUACCUUUGACCACUAUUCUCACCCCCAACCUGCCCGAAGCCGAGUUACUCCUAAGAAUCGCAGGUGCGGACAUCAAGACACCAGAAAAUUUCGACGGUAUCGUGAGCAUGGCCAAGCGUAUCCAGCAGCUAGGCCCAGAAUAUGUUCUGCUCAAGGGUGGACACUUGCCGUUCACAAAGGGACGUUUAGUGAGCAAAAGUGAGGAAGAGAGGGAGAUCGUACUGAAUGUGUUGGUCGGCAAAGAUGAAGUAAUAACGAUGGAGAGUGAAUAUCUGCGCAGCAAAAAUACACACGGUACAGGGUGUUCACUAGCAUCCGCUAUUGCGUGUAACCUCACAUCCGGUAUGAGCAUGGCAAAAGCUGUCAGCAAAGCCAAUCACUACAUCGAGGCUGGAAUCAAGACAAGUAUAAAUUUGGGUAAGGGGAGUGGACCGAUCAAUCACUUCCAUUCCACAUACACACUCCCAUUCGCACAGGGCGGGUUCAUACAAUACCUGCUCGAUCGCGACGAUAUCCAAAAGCCGUGGAAAGAGUACACCGAACAUGAGUUUGUGCAGAGAAUGGGCGAUGGGUCGCUUCCAGUCGAGAAUUACAAAUACUAUCUGAUUCAGGAUUACCUGUUCCUGAUCCAAUUUGCACGAGCUACGGCUCUUGGUGCUUACAAGUCUAGCUCUUUGACUGACAUCGGUCGCUCAGUGCAGCAAGUCAUCACCCUGCAAGAAGAGAUCAAACUGCAUAUCGAUUUCUGCAAGGAGCAGGGUCUAUCGGUCAAAGACAUCGAGAGUCAAGAGGAAGAUCAGGCAACGACAGCAUAUACCAGGUAUGUUCUGGACAUUGGUCAGUCUCAGGACUGGUUUGCACUUCAAGUGGCACUGUUGCCCUGUCUAAUUGGUUAUGGCAUCAUCGCAAAACGCCUCUUCGACGACACCGAUACAUUGAAGGAGGGAAGAUACUGGAUGUGGAUCCAGCAGUACGUUGACAAGGAAUACAUGGAGGCCGUGGCGAGGGGCUCUGCACUGAUCGAGGAGUACGCGGGUAAGCAGUCGGUCUCUCGACUCGACGAGCUCGCUCAGAUCUUCAUUCAUGCAACAAACAUGGAAAGAGGGUUUUGGGACAUAGGUAUGAGAGGCGGAGGCGGAUACGGAGGCGGCGGCCGCGGCGGUGACCGUGGUUACUCUAACGGGUACGAAAACAGCAACUCUGGAUACAGCGGCAGCGCCUACAACAGUCACGACUACACAUCCAGCCAUAAUGCAUCUGGCGGCUAUGGCGGCGGCUCUAACGGAUACUCUGGCGGCGGCGGCGGCGGCUAUGGCGGUGGCGGCGGCGGCUACGGUGGUGGUGGCUACGGCGGCGGUGGUGACCGUAUGGGCCAGCUCGGCUCUGGCCUCAAGACCCAGCAGUGGGACAUCGACUCAUUGCCCAAAUUCGAGAAGUCGUUCUACAAGGAGGAUCCCGCCGUUACGGACCGCUCACCCGAAGAAGUCGAGGCUUUCCGCAAGGAGCACCAGAUUGCAGUUAAGGGCACUAACGUUCCCAAGCCUGUUACAACAUUCGAUGAGGCCGGUUUCCCUGGCUACGUGAUCAACGAGGUCAAGGCACAAGGCUUCGCCAAGCCCACACCUAUCCAGUGUCAGGGAUGGCCGAUGGCUCUCUCUGGACGCGACGUUGUCGGUGUUGCCGAGACUGGUUCAGGAAAGACCCUCACAUACUGCUUGCCCGCCAUCGUCCACAUCAACGCCCAGCCUCUACUCGCUCCCGGCGACGGCCCCAUCGUCCUGAUUCUCGCGCCCACUCGUGAGUUGGCUGUCCAGAUUCAGCAGGAAAUCAGCAAGUUCGGAAAGUCUUCUCGCAUUCGCAACACUUGCGUCUACGGAGGUGUUCCCAAGGGUCCUCAGAUUCGUGAUCUUGCACGUGGUGUCGAGGUCUGCAUUGCUACGCCCGGUCGUCUCAUCGACAUGCUUGAGGCUGGCAAGACCAACCUGCGCCGUGUUACCUACCUGGUUCUCGACGAGGCUGAUCGUAUGCUUGACAUGGGUUUCGAGCCCCAGAUCCGCAAGAUCAUCGGACAGAUUCGUCCUGACCGUCAGACUUGCAUGUGGUCUGCAACAUGGCCUAAAGAAGUUCGUCAGUUGGCUGCUGACUACCAGAACGACUGGAUUCAGGUGAACAUCGGUUCCAUGGAUCUCUCUGCCAACCACCGCAUUCAGCAGAUUGUUGAACAUCUCGAGACCAUCAUGGACGACAAGAGCAACAAGAUCUUGAUUUUCACAGGUACCAAGCGUGUUGCCGAUGAGAUUACACGGUUCUUGCGUCAAGACGGAUGGCCUGCGUUGUCCAUCCACGGUGACAAGCAGCAAAACGAGCGCGAUUGGGUUCUGAACGAGUUCAAGACCGGCAAGAGCCCCAUCAUGGUUGCUACCGACGUGGCUUCCCGUGGUAUCGAUGUUCGCAAUAUCACUCACGUUUUCAACUAUGACUACCCCAACAACUCGGAGGACUACGUCCACCGUAUUGGUCGAACUGGUCGUGCUGGUCAGACCGGUACUGCCAUCACCCUGUUCACCACUGAGAACUCCAAGCAGGCCCGUGAUCUCGUCCAAAUUCUCCAGGAGUCCAAGCAGCAGAUCGACCCUCGCCUGCACGAGAUGUGCCGCUACGGCGGCGGUGGUGGCGGCGGUGGCCGCUGGGGAGGUGGCCGUGGCCGUGGUGGUCAUCGCGGCGGUCGUGGUGGCUGGACUGGUGGUAACAACGACCCCGUUCGCAACAGCCGCUGGUAA